ACUGUCCCAAACAAGAGACAAAAACAAAUUUCUGCACAAAGGAACAUAAAUACGCAUCAGUUCAGUAUUGUUUAUGUCUGGACAUCAGUCGUUCAGCUUACGGAUAUCAUCCCUAACAUAAAGAUGGUUUCACCUGUUACUGUGGUGAAAAGUGAAGGCCCAAAGCUGGUGCCAUUCUUCAAAGCCACCUGUGUCUAUUUUGUGCUGUGGCUGCCCACCUCCAGCCCAUCUUGGUUCAGUGCCCUUAUUAAAUGUUUGCCUAUUUUCUGUCUCUGGGUCUUUCUCCUGGCCCAUGGCAUCAGCUUUUUAGUAGCCCAUUCAAGUGCUAGAAAGAUCCUUGCCGGACUAAUAUUCUCAGCUUUAGGUGACGCCUUUCUGAUCUGGCAGGAGCAGGGCUACUUCAGUCAUGGGUUGCUGAUGUUUGCCAUUACCCACAUCUUGUACUCAUCUGCGUUUGGGAUGAAACCACUCAACCUACGAGCAGGCCUGGUCAUCGGCACUAUCUCAGGUCUUUGCUAUACCCUUCUAUACCCUUAUCUGUCUGGCACCUUCACAUACCUGGUGGCCGUCUACAUUGCUCUGAUUGGCUUCAUGGGCUGGAGGGCCAUUGCCGGUGUGCAGCUGGCCAACGACCUGUGGACAUGGACCAAACUUUCGGCUUGUUUGGGAGCUGUUCUAUUCAUGGUGUCGGACCUCACCAUUGCCGUCAACAAGUUCUGCUUCCCUGUGCCGCACUCACGUGCCAUCAUCAUGGCUACGUACUAUGCUGCACAGAUGCUGAUCGCCCUUUCGGCUGUGGAGUGCCAGGAUGCUGAUGUUUCCAGGAAGAGAAUAAAUUAACAAACCCUACCCUGCAUGUGUUCCCCCCGAGAACUGCUCAGGUUCACAGUUUCAGACAAACGUCCCACCAUCAUAGAGCCUAAAAGCUUUGUUUAGAGCCUGUCCUGUAGAAGAGAACAGGUGCAGUUAAAGACGGCUGCCUGGAAAUCUAAUCCAUAGAGAGGGGCUUUUUGAGUAAGGAAAUGCUGGACAACACAGUGGUAAGAUUCUCUUUCCUUCUGGCCUCCAGCUUACAGAAGGCCUCAUCCGACCCCUGCUAUGACUGAUCACUUUACACUCCCUGUCAACACUUGUUCUGUUUUUGUCUAUGGAGACAAAGGGGUGUCGAAGAGCACAGUAUGAAUGCGGUAUUGAUGACAGUGUCUGUGUAUACCUGCUGUCUUUAUUAUACUGAGUAAGCUAUGGGUAACAAAACUUGACUAGCUUGCAGGUUUUGGUUCACUUUUUGCUUCUAACAAGUGCUUUGUGUAAUACGGUCACUUCUGAUACUCUCUGAAUAGUUAAUAAGAACAGCUGGGUUUUCUUUGAGUUUGUAGUCAUUAAAAUACAGCUUCAUAAGCACUCAGAUAUUGAAGCAUCCAUAAAUGGGAAGAUGCGAUGAGAGUUAUCCUUUAAUCAAGCUUCUAGAUUUACUGCAUUUUAAAAACAAACAGCUAGGUCUUCGCAAUAUCACUCUUGGUACAAUCCAGAAAUCUACUGGGAGUAAACAUAUGUGUAUAUGACAUUUGUUUUUACAUCAAGUCUGAUUGAGCUUUAGCAAAUCUGAUUGAAUCUCAGAAUUUAUUCAUUCGCUGUAAUAUUUUUGUAAAUUGUUUAUAUUUGCAUAAAUAUGUAUGCUAACUUGUAGUAUGGUGAAAUGUGAUAAUGACUUUGGGAGUUAUAAUAUGUUUUCUGCUUGACAUUUUGAUUGUUUUGUUUGCUGUGGUCAUCAGUUCAUAUAGACUCUUAAAUAAAAUAUUUCAGUCAAAAUAUUUCAACUAUAAAAAAAUAUCAGAUGUAACUUGCACUUGAAAUUAUGUAUUAAUUAUAAUACAUGCUUUUUUUAAAUUAUUAGUGUAUUUAUAAAUCCAUCAUUUAUAAAUGGUCCAUCAAAAAAAGCAAGGAUUGUGCUGUAAGUGAAUACUCUUAAUAUCUAAGUUGUUCAGUAUAUUUUAGUAUUUUGCCUUACUUUUCUACACAUCCACUACUUUCAUUUAUUUCAUGUACACUGUUCUGUAGUCAGUUACCAUACUGCUCAUUUCCUGUAGUGAAAUUGCUAUGAAUGUCAUUCAAUCUGUAGAAUAAAUAAAUGCAGUUACAAUGCAAUGGA